AUGGAGGCCGUCGUCGCUGUUGUCCGCGUUGUGCGCAAGGUCGGUGAGCGCCGACCGCAUUUGUUGUCCUUUCUGGCUGAAAUCUUCAGCGCAGUGGAACGGGGUAGCGGCUCGUUGUUGUUCGUUCCGCCUGAUACCCACAGGGCGCGGAGCACCAAUAUAUCCCUCCGUCCUCUCGAAAUUCCAGGCGGAACGGGCCAGCGCCUGGCUCUGCGCGGUCCGGCCGGCGUUUCCCGAAAGCAGCGGCGUCUCGGCCCGCCUCACGCGCGUUUGGUCUGGAAAGGAGGCCGCGGCCAGCGACGCUAUAUGCGUCCAUCUCCAGCGAGUCCUAAGCGACACGAUCCAGUCGUCGUGCUGCAUCACGCCGUCCCGUGUCGUGCCUUUGGCAUCCUUGGCGCGAACUGGGGCCCAUCCUGCCCACUCCCCUUCCCUUUCGUCUCUCCUGCCCUCAUCGCGGCCCCGGACGACCGCGGCCUGCUCAAAACUCCACAACACUCUGGGCGAAACAACUUCUUGGGAGUUCUGGGGUCAAAUCUCGCGAAAGGUCACCAUCGGGGCGGUCGACUGGCGCUCAACUCGCUGGGCGUAACGCGCGCCACUGUCUCUACAUCCCGAUGGACUUUGCGGCGAUCUGCUUGCUGUAUCCAGUCCAGCGCAAGGCACGACUUUGGCCCAAGCUUGGUCGCUUCGCCCAGAAGUCGCCUCGGGCCACGUUCUUCAAGUCCGGGGUGUCUCCAGAGACUCAACGCAGCUGUCUUAACACGUCUCCGCGGUCUGCAACAGUCUAUGGAUGACAUCCUCGCUGUGGUGCGCGAGAUCGGUAGCGACAGUCUGGCCCCUUUGCUCCUGAGACCUUCAAGGCGAACAGGGAAGCGGGUGGGUCUGCGCACACCGGACGCUGUUGCGCGAAACCCGAGGACGGCGGGCCGAGUCCUUGUUCAUUCCGCCUGGGAUUCUCAGGAAAGAGAGCACGAAUAUCUCCCUCCGCUUUCUCAGAAUACCAAGCGGAACAGGCCAGCGACUGGCUGCUGCGUGGCCCGGACGGCGUUUUCCGAAGGAAGCCGCGUCCCGGCCUGCCUCGUUUGCGUCGACCCAGUUCAUGUCCUGCAUCGCGAAUUCCUCUGUCGCUGA